GGCCGGGAGGCAGGGCCUCAUCAGCACUACUGAAACUGCCAACUUUUACUGAAAUGGGUUCCAGAGCUCUCUUCUUCUUCUUUGCCUUGCUAUCUCUCUCAGCAGUGCUUUGCUUUGCUGAGAGCAAUGAAGAAGACCCUGGUCUUGUUAUGAACUUCUAUAGUGACUCAUGUCCUCAGGCUGAGGAGAUCGUCAGAGAGCAGGUCAAGCUUCUCUACAAGCGCCACAAGAACACUGCUUUCUCUUGGCUCAGGAACAUCUUCCAUGACUGUGCUGUCCAGUCAUGUGAUGCUUCACUACUUUUGGACUCAACAAGGAGGUCUUUGUCUGAGAAGGAAAUGGACAGAAGCUUUGGGAUGAGAAACUUCAGGUACAUUGAGGAGAUCAAAGAAGCAUUAGAGAGGGAGUGUCCUGGAGUUGUUUCUUGCUCAGAUAUUCUUGUCUUGUCAGCCAGAGAAGGAGUUGUUAGGCUAGGAGGUCCAUUCAUCCCUCUUAAAACUGGAAGGAGAGAUGGUAGAAGGAGCAGAGCUGAGAUCCUUGAGGAGUACCUUCCUGACCACAAUGAGAGCAUGUCAACUGUUCUUGAGAAAUUCUCUGCCAUGGGCAUUGACACCCCUGGAGUUGUUGCCCUUCUUGGAGCUCACAGUGUUGGAAGAACACACUGUGUGAAGCUGGUGCACCGUUUGUACCCAGAAGUAGACCCAGCUCUGAACCCAGACCAUGUCCCUCACAUGCUUAAGAAGUGCCCUGAUGCCAUCCCUGACCCCAAGGCAGUCCAGUACGUGAGGAAUGACCGUGGUACCCCCAUGAUCUUCGACAACAACUACUACAGGAACAUCUUGGACAACAAGGGUUUGAUGAUGGUGGACCACCAGCUUGCCACAGACAAGAGGACCAAGCCCUAUGUCAAGAAGAUGGCCAAAAGCCAGGACUACUUCUUCAAGGAGUUCACAAGAGCCUUCACCAUUCUCUCCGAGAACAACCCUCUUACCGGAGACAAGGGAGAGAUCAGGCAACAGUGCAAUGUGGCCAACAAGCUCCACUAGGUGGAUCAAGAUCGAGCUAGCUAGAGAAAGAGUAGCUUGCUAGUGUGAGACAGCUGCUUUGCAUAAUAAGUUGGUCUUUUCUUUUAUAAUGUUCUAUGGCUGCUAUCAUCGGUGCAUUGUUUUAUGAUGUAGGUUUUCUCUGCUUUUGUUUCUGUUGUUCUUGCAAUGAUGUUGAGAUGGAUGUAUGUAUGUAUGGGUGGUUUCAACAUGUGUGAUGCAUGGAUUUCAAUGAUAAUGUUAUUGAUAAAUCAUGCUUAUAUACAAGAGCAACUCUAACAACUUUUAUAUGAGAAAUGAUCGAAUAGAUUGA